AACGCGCGUGGAGCGGAGCUGGGAGAGGACCGUACCUUCAGUCAGUACGCCGGUGCGCAUCACAGACAUCCACACGCAGACACGCACAGCGCAGCCAUGAGUGAGAGACAAGCAUCUGGACCGAUGACCGGAAACAGCAAACAAUCUGGCCAAGAAACUGGUGGGAAACAGGCCCAGAGAACAGCAGCAAGACCUGGCAUCACACACGGGCUUCAAGGUCAACAAAAGGUUCCAGCUAAACAUGAAAAGAAGAACAACCUCCCCCAGGAUUUUGACAUUGAUAUGGAUGACCCGGAGACGGAGAAGGCUGCCAUGACCAUCCAGUCACAGUUCAGGAAAUUCCAGAAAAAGAAGCAGGAUGUGAAGUCGUAGAGUGGCCUCUUAGCCACGUCUUCACCUGAUGUGGGCCUGGUCUUGCAUGUCAAUUAAGCUGCAUCAUUAUGAACUGAAAAGGAUGGGUGAGGCAGAGGUGGGAGGGUGGGGUUAAACUGUGCCUCUGUGGAAGUCUGUGCAGAAUGAAUAACUUUACUAUAUACAAAAUGAUGCAUUGUUCUAUUCUUGGUGUAUGUAUUUAAAUAAUAUAAUUUUGCUAUUUCUGUUUUUUACUUCGGUGACACUUUACAGUGUGGCUUCACACUCAUCACACACACACAAACAGUAGACUUAAAUAUGACAGGUCUUCUCACGUACUGUCACACAGCGCCCUUUGAUUGUCGCUCUAAUCUCACAGUGUCAGCUAAAGAUUUGGGCUCCACUGCAGGUCUGUUAAUGGCUUCUUCCUGUUACCGGGUAAACUGAUCCCACACUGUUACCAGUGUCUUUAAAAUCAAAUCAAAUUUAGCGUCUCUGAAUGUGUUCACACGUCUCCUCUCCAUCACCCUGAUGACUCUCUCAGUUGUAUCUUUGCAGAGACUGUAGAUGUUGUGAUUGUGUUUCUUUCCUUGUUGUGGUUCCAAAGUGAUCUUUUGUUGGCUCACACGUGUACUGUACAAUCACACGUAUGCAUGCAAGCUUGCAAACAUGCACACACAUGCAUAUCCACAUCUACAGAGAAAUUAAUAAAAGACGAUGGAAAAGAGU